AUGACAUCCAAGAGCAUCAACUGCCUUCCAACAGAGGUGAUGGGCAUUAUCGUCGGAUACCUCGACUGGAAAUCGGUAAAGAAGGCCUCGAAAGCGAAUGCGAAUAUCCGCUACGCCUGCCUUCCACGGCUGUUUCGCUGUGUCAAGAUCGCCCUCACUCUGACUUCUCUGAAUGAAUUCAGCACUUUCACGGCAUCCCUGGCGGCACGACAUGUCAAGACUCUCGUGUACAUUGCUUCUCCAUACUUGAAAUAUGACGCAGUAUACCGUCGGUCGAACUUCAAACGAGUUUAUAGCCCCCAUCGCUACGUGUCAGACCAGGAGACGAACUGUUGGGUGCUUCCGACGGAACCGAUGAAGUACUUUGAGAUUUACUCCUUCGUAAUGAAAACCUAUAAUGAGGAGCAGAAACUGCUGCACGGUCUUUUGGAGGGCAGUAAUUUGGGCGACGUAUUUCGCAAUCUUCCCAACCUGUCCAAGAUUGUCCUGGAGUACAGCAGCAAGCCCUUUUCUCCUGUCAGAUGGGAUGUCGUUUACGGCCCGCAUCGAGGCAAGCUAUUUGAUGACAGGGAGUCGUUCCAAGCACACAUGGAGAGACUAUUCGACACGCUGAAUCUUCCGGAAACGUCGAACAGAUUAACAACUCUGCACAUCAAGGGAUCGGCGUAUACUGAUUUUGACCAUGGCUCCAAUGGCAUUCAAACCAUCAAUUUGACCCAGGCUGUUAGCCGCUUAGAAGAACCGACCCUGGACAAGCUGCCAUCAUUCCUCGAAUACCUGGGCGACAAAGCAGACAUCCAAUUCCCGGCCCUCAAGAAACUACAUCUGGAAAACUGCUGCGGGUUCACCGUCCAGGCUCUAGAAUCCGUUUGCAAAAGAGCACGUCUGACUCUGAAGACAUUGAAACUGGCUUAUUGCCGCCUGCAGAAUGGCAAAAUUGGAGCCAGGUUCGAUUUGGCGAGUUAUCACGAAAUACGGUUCCCAAUUGCCUUUUUGAAUUCUCUCCAUGCAAUUGGGGAUAGCUGCUCUUUGGAUAAUGUCGAUAUCAGGGCUUAUUACGGUGUUCAUACAUCUUUUCGGUCGUUGUUACUUGGGGAGAUUCCCCUCGAGCAAAUUCCAACCAAGUUUCUGGUUCAAUGA